AUGAUUUUUGGGCACCCAGCAGAGAAGAGCCAGGGGAAUGUUGUCCCACUGAGCUUCCCGAGGGCUCUGCCGGUGAUCCACUCGGGAACAGCCAAGGGCAGCCAACCCUUGGGAACAACAGCAACUGAGGAGAAAAAACCACAGAAAAAUGGCCCAAAGAAAGCGGGAAAUAAGAAAAAAGGUCAGUGUCUCUUCCCCCAAGGGGAUAAAAAAGGAGGAAGAACAUUCCCAGCUCCACACACACACCCUUGCUCCUAUUUAACCCUGCACAGCAACGUGACCUGCCAGGACAAAACCGCAGCGGCUCUCAGGGUGUCAUCGGCGAGGCUGCACAAAAUCAAAGAGCUGAAGAACGAGAUCGCCUAUUUACAGCGGAAAAUCGAAGCCUCCAGCUUGGAAAACCUCGCCCUGAGGCAGCUCCAGUGCAGACAGUCCAAGGCGAUCGGGAAGUACAAGAGCUCCGAGAGUUACUUCGAGGAUAUUUCGGCCAGGCACUACGAGGAGGUGAGGGAUCUGAGGAACCUCCUGAAGAUGUCCCAGGAAUCGGAGAGAGCCACGUCCAAGGAGCUCAGGAAGGUGGAAACGGAGCUGCUGAAAGUCAAGGACGCUAUGACAGCCCUGCUGGCGCUGUCCGAGGACAAAGGGCUGGCAGGGAGGGAGGAGCUUCAUCACAGGCUCUCGGUGCUCACUGAGAAGCUGGAAGCAAAGGAUGAGAGGAUCCAGAGUCUGGAAAUGCAGCUGAAGCUGAACAACAGCACCUUUAAUCGUCAGCUGGCCAGUGAGAGCAAGAAGGCCCUGGAAGCUGGAAUAAUCACAAAUAACCUGAAAACAGAAAUCAACUCCCUGCAGCAAAAAAUUAAGGAAAAGGACAGGCAGCUUUAUAGAAGAAACAUCUACGCAAACAGGAUGCCCAAAACCCUGAAGGACAGGAUUGAGUUGGUACCUGAGGAGCAAAGUGUGAGUGUAAACAGAGCAGUCCAAGUGGAUAAAGAGAGUUUCAGAGCCCUGCUGCUGUCCCCCCCCGGCCCAGAACAGAGCCCAGUCCAGCUCAGAAAGGAGAAAAAGCCUUCAGAAGACAAGGAUGAAGAAGCUGCAGCAAAUGAAGUGAACUCAGAUGCUCAGAGAGCAGAAAAUCAAUCAACCAAGAGAACACUGAUGCCAAAAACUUCCACCAGAGAACACACUUUUUCAGGGCUUAAGAAAGAAAAGGUAAAAUACAGAGAAUUCCUCAAACAGGAGUGGCAAAACUUCCUGAGAACUGAACCAGGCCCUCAAAGCGACGGUGGGAAAGACAACAAUCAAGAGGCAGAUGCAGUGGGAGAACCUGGCAAGGGAGAAAAGGCAGGAGAGGAGCAGAGGAAGGGCGGGAAGGAAGGGAGUGACGGUGCAAUCCCCAACAAAACACCCGCCAGGCCGAGGAAAAAAUACACCUUCUCAGAGGCCAUUGAGAAUCUGCACCAGGGGCUGCACACCUCAGGGAGGAAACCCAGAGCAGGCAGGAAGGGCCAGGCAGGGCAGGGCUGCACUGAAACACCUCAAUCCAGAGGGCAGAAUUUUGGGAUCCACCAGCCACCCUUUGGGAAGGACGCCAAGCCCAGGCGGGAGGAUGGAGCGGAAGGAGCUGCCCACGGGGCGUUUGCCCAGAGGAAAAAACAGCUUAUGGAAGAACUCUUUGGAGCAGGAGCUGCUCAGGGAGACAACCCUUGGGGUUCCAAAGGGAGAGGAGCAAAGUGCAAGGAUGCAGGAUGA